UCUGUUCACGGUUGGACUAUAUAUUCCAAUUAACAUAUAAAACUACAAAAACUCUUUUUUAUUGAUUUUAAGGAUUCAUUAACGCUAAUGGAUUUCCGACAAGGAUUACAGAAAAUGGGUCAUCAUCUUGAAAAUUUAACUUUUAGUUCUGAUUUAAGUUCAAAAAACUGUACUCGUUUUAUACACUUUGCAUCUAUGUUUUGUCCAAAUUUAAAUAAAUUGCAAAUGGAUUCAUUAACUUUAGAUUACUACAUUUUUCAAAAAAUUUCUAUUAAUUUACAAAUCAUUCGUCAUUUGGAAUUACAAAAUUGUUCAAUUAAUGACGAUGCCAUAAAUAUUUUUUCUAAUAUAACAACUAUCGAAUAUUUGGAUCUUACAAAUAAUAAUGAAUUAUCUGGUACAUACACCAAUUUAAAAAUCUUAAAACAUUAAUAUUAAAUUCUUGCUCAAAUAUAGAACCACAAUUUUUUUCAAAAAUGUGUUCUAAAAUAACAAGCAUACGGGAGUUAAAUAUUCGUCAUUGUGACUAUUUAAAUACUUAUGCCUUUAAAUCAUUAGUCGAAAAUUUAAAUUAAUUGGAAAAUCUUACAAUAUGUUCGUGUUAUGAAACUAACGAACUUGAGAAAAUAGCUGAAUUAAAGAAUUUAAAACAU